CAGCGUAUCUCCCACUCAUCCAGAGACUUUGUCACCUCACUUCACAAGGCCCGUGAGGGGAGCGAGACCAGGAUGGUGAACAGGAUAGUGGCCUUAGGACUCGUACCAUACACGUUUACCACGACGAGUGACAAUGUUGAAUUGGACCGGCUGUAUGCGCACGUGCCGGACCAGAAAGACGCCAAUUACCUGGACAACUACCUGCACUUGACCCGAAUAACCGCACAGUAUAUGGUGAGCCUACUGCUGGACACCAGCGCUAACACGAGCAGGUUCUUCAUGCCGCCAUUCAGGAUGGAAAUGCCGCACCUGAUCACCGUGUACAACACCGUUCACCUCGGUCUGGACAGCGUCAUGCCUCCGAUCGACAAGUCUUUCUCGCUCAAUUAUGCCGUCAUCGGACACAGCGUCGUACAGCAAGCAGGCCAAUUGUUCCUGCAUGGUCCAGACAUCUUCAACGAAACGGGCUUCUAUGACAGGGUGUGGACUUCCGGCUACAUCAAUGCGCUGAGGAGGAGGUACCAGUGCCUGAGGAAAAUGCACGUGGAGCAGAGGUGGAUCGACAACAAUGUACCAAGGCGCGUCUUGGAGGCUGUUGUCACUGCAGAGAUUCUGUUCAAUGCUUACAAAGGUUUCCGCCAGAUGCCGCAAAACGCAGCCCAUUUCCGCCAAGAGGUGGCGCAGUUUGGUCUCACACCCGAGCAGCUUUUUUUCGUGGGCCUCUGCAUGAAUUGGUGUCAACGCAGCGUCGAGCAGCGUAGUGUCGCCGAACGAGUGUGCCGAUUCGCGCUGCCAGCACUGCGUGCUUUCGGCGAUGCCUUCGGCUGCCCGCAGAUGGAGGCAUCUUCGAGCCUGAACAAGUGUGGUUCCUAGGCUCAGCGGGUGGUGUUAUCCUCCACGUCACUGGCGUGCCACGUUACCUGCGACGUGAAAGGGAAGGUCCCUUCUCCGUCUAAGUUUGAGUGAUUCCGACUAGGUCAACCAUUUACAACAAUUUUAAUUCUUCAGAGAAUGGCAUCCGCAGGG